AUAAUCAGUAGAGAUAUGAAUAUCUUGACCUGUUCUUUAUGGUUCUGAGACCUGGUGUCGAAUUUUAGGGGGUUGAAAUGGAGAAGGCAGACAUGGUUGAUCUAAUGCAGUUUCUGUUGAGCUACGCCUGCAAUCCCUUUGUUGCUUCAGACAGGAUCAACCUCAGCAAUGAAGAACUGGUUGAAUCAUCUGUUCGUAAUCUAUUGGGUGAGUUGGCUGAUGCAAGUAGAACUGAUCAAGGGUUGGAUAUUUCAGAAUCGAUGCCAAAUCUAUCUACCAAUAGAUAUGGACAGACCACAAGGUCUGUUGGUUCAAAUUUUGAAAUGAAAAGAGGAGACUGGAUUUGCCAAAAGUGCAGGUUCAUGAACUUCGCAAAGAACAUGAAAUGCCUUGAGUGCAAUGGGCCACGGCCCAAAAGACAGCUGACUGGUGAAGAAUGGGAAUGCCCUCAAUGUGAUUUCUUCAAUUACGGGAGGAAUUCAUCAUGCAUAAGGUGUGAUUGCAUGCGGCCUGGAGAGGCCCCAUAUGGCACCAUAACGCCCAGCAACUUAAACGAGGCUGCUAUUGAGGGUAGGCUUGCCAAAAAUGAUGAGAAGGCAGAGAAAUGGUUCAGCAAGGUCUCUCAACUGGACAAGGCUUCAGACUUGACUAGCGCUGUAGCUGAUGAAGACUUCCCAGAAAUCAUACCUUUGAGGAAAGGAGUCAACAAGUUUGUUGUCAGCACGAGAAAGUCACCAUUAGAACGGAGGUUGGCUAAUGCCCAAUACCGAAGGAACUUGGGCAACAAUGGGACCCCUGAGGAGAAUGAUCUUCAGGCAGGGGACGGAGGUGAGGUGAGUCAGAACAAGACUCCAGACACAUCAAUAAGCCAGAGUUUAGACAGGAUUCUUGGUCGCUCUUCAGCUUCUUCAGAUUCUGGUAGUCAUAUUAGUGUUGCUGGAGAAAAUACUGGAGCAGAAAGGUCCUUGGUCUCAAGUCUGGCUUCUCCACAGAACAAUUCUGGCUAUGUUCCUUUUGUGCCAUUACCCGCAGAUAUGUUCGUUAAACCUCAGAAAUCAGAGAUGGGAAAUGAACAAGUAGCAGGAAACCAUGAUUCACUUGCUUCCAAGAAAAGCAACACAACAGGAUCUGUUUCUGGGGAUGCUGAAUCUGGUAAAUCAAGUGAUGGCUUGCAGCUCUCAGAAAAACCAGUAAACCAGACUGAGGGCCAGGAAGACAAAGAACAGGCUGAAAAAUCAGAGAGGUGGUUUAAAAAGGUUGCCGAGCUACAUAAUGUUACAGAUCUCUCAAGUGCAAUAUCUGAUGAGGACUUCCCAGAAAUAAUGCCAAUGCGUAAAGGAGAGAACAGAUUUGUUGUCAGCAAGAAGAAGGACCGAUCACUGACGUCACCCUUGUACAAGAGACGCAUGGCCAUGGAACAAUCAAGCAACACUAACUUUGUACCUUUUGUUCCCUUUCCACCGGACUAUUUUGCUAAGAAGGAAAAACAGCCAGAAAAAGAAGCUUCAAAAAAGAGAUCUGUGAGUGAAACUUCUUCCAUUGCUGAGCCAGCUGAAACCAUUCCAAAUGCAUUGGGAAAGUCAUCUGAGGGUAAUGUUGCUGAUCUGGGUGCUUCUGGAUCUUCAGUUCAACCGUUGGAGAAUAAGCAUACUAGCAGCGAGAGCUGGAACACUAUCAAAGCUGGAAAUGGCUAUAGUGAAAGCAAUAGCUGUAAUGGGGUACCAUCCGUGGCCCGUUCUGCCCAACAACCUGAGGAUCUACAGAAUAGUAGUAGGGUGGGUUGGAAUAGUGGGUCAUCUUGGAGGGGGAGUGCUGAUGGUGCUGGUUAUGGGGCAUCGACUGGGGGAAGAUCUGCUCUAAAACCUGAUAAUCUACAGACUAAUAGUGGGGAGGGUUGGAACAGUGGAUCAUCUCGGAAAGGGAGUAUGGGCUCACCAACCAUGGGAACUUCUAUCCCAAGAUCUGAUAAUUUACAGGCUAAUAACAGGGAGAGUUGGGAUAGUGGAUCCUCCUGGAAGGGGGGGAGCACAGGAGGAGAUCCUACCCAACAGCCUCAGAACCUUCAGAAUGGGAGGGAGAGUUGGAACAGGGGAUUUUCAGGUAAGAGCUUGGAGGGAUCAGCUGUGAAGGAACCAGAUCCCUUGGAUAUGUCUCAGGAGGCCAAGGAACAGAGAUGGUUUCGGCGGGUUGCUCAGAUCAAAGACAUUUCAGAGUUGAGCAAUAUCCCUGAUGAAGACUUCCCUGAGAUAAUGCCAAUGCGGAAAGGGGUGAAUAGGUUUGUUGUCAGCAAGCGUAAGACACCAUUGGAAAGGAGGUUGACAUCCCCCCAAUACAGAAGGAACCUUCCAAUUGUGAGCUCUGAUCCAGUGAAGAAGGAAAACGAUGGAAGCUGAAACUAAGGGUAGAUGUGGUGUCAGUCAGUCUUCAAUUCUUAGUUUGUAUGGGUAACAUCUGUUGAUAUUAUUUUUAGUGGGAGAGUAAACUUAAAAGAACAAUGCCUAAAGGUGAAAUUUACUAUUAUAAAUUUUGGUCAUUUGAUUGGUUUUGUUGAUGGAAUUUAACAUAAUAAAUGACAAGAAGCGUUGAUCGGA